GCGGCGGACUACCUGUCACCAUAUACUCGGUCGGUCGGUGGGGAUUUGACGAUGGAUCGACAUCGGCAUACGACUAGAGUUCAAGUGUUCGCGGGGUCGAGAGCGACUAAGCUGAUGUCGUGGGAGGCUCUGUUGGAUACGGGAAGUCCGGCGUCGUUUGUACAAGAAAGGGGGCGUUCAGACGGUUGUGGCAAAGGGUGCCUCCGCACAUUCGAGACGUCCAUUUCGACUUCAAUGCGAAACUGUGGGAGCCGGAAAACAUUGACAAACUAGGGACGGGGCAGAACACGUGCGCGACCUGGAAAGGUUUUUCGAGCGUAUGGUCAAGUUCAACCUGAAACUGGCACCCAAGAAGACGCACCUGGGGGUGAAGGUGGUGACGUUCUUGGGGCAUCAAGUCGCGGCGGAAGGGAUCGGGCCGGACCCGGGAAAGGUCAGACCGCUGCGUGAAGUGCCAAUGCCCACUAAUGUUAGCCAGCUACGAUCGUUGUUGGGGUCUUUGUCGUACUAUCGCAAAUUCCCGAAGAACAUGUCGGCAAAACUGAAACCGAUCAAUGCGAUGCUGAAAAAGGGAGCAAAGUUUGCGUUCACGUCUGAUCAUGUGGCGGUGGUGAGGAAGAUGAUGGAUAUUCUGUCUGGUGCUGAGGAAUNA